AUUCCGUUCCUCGAAUCGUCCAUUCCCUCGUUUCCUUGUCCAAACACCCACACACUGUCGCCAAAAUGCCUUCAACAGUAAAAGCCCAAGCCGCGAAGCCGGUUGUCAAGCGGAAACGCUCCGAGAACGGCGAACCCAUCAAGAAGCGCAGAAAGUCCGAGGCCGGCGAGGAAAAGGAAGACCUCGCAUCGCAAAUCCAGAAUCUCGAAUCCCAGAUCAACGAGUCCAGGAAGCACUACAACAACAUCGCUACCCUCAUAGAGUACGCCGAAAAGCAGAAUGAAGACCCCAAGACCGCCAUCGCCGCCGCCGAAGCUCUGUGCCGCGUGUUCGUUCGCCUUCUCGCCUCGGGCAGUUUGGUCAAGAAGAAGGAUGCUUCGGAGAAAGAUGCGACCGUCGCAAAGUGGCUUCGGGAUCGCCUGAACGACCACCAUAAGGCUCUUGUCGCCAUGUUCAAGAGCACCAAGCUCGCCACCCAGGCUCUCGUUCUGGCUAUGGCUUUGCUGAAGGCGGAAGCCCAGUAUCUGGAGGGCAAGGACGAGGCCGUCUUUCCCUGGCCUCUCUUCAAUGCCAUCAUCAGUGCGCUUCUAACGUCGCCAGUCGAGGAGGUGCGUGAUGAAUUUUGUGACAAGUUCAUCGACGAGUAUGACGACAUUAGAUUUUACACGUUUGAGGGAAUCAAGGACUUUCUUACAGAACGCGAGUCGGUUGAUGAAGAGUUACAAAACACAGUGUUUAAUCUUCUCCUCAAGAUGGAGGAUAUCCCAGAGUCAUCCGAAGACCUUGAGGACUUUUAUAUCGAGCAACCCGCCAAAAAGAAGCACCCACUGCGGUCCUUGUCGCAGCAUAAGAAGAGGGCACAGGAAGCUUGGCUGGCUUUGAUGCACCUGGGUCUGAGUAAGGAGCAGAGAAAGAAGGUGUUGGACGUCAUGGCGUCCUCAAUUGCGCCAUGGUUCAUCAAGCCCGAGCUCCUCAUGGACUUCCUUACCGACUGCUACAAUACUGGCGGCUCUAUUUCACUCCUGGCCCUUUCCGGUGUCUUCUACCUGAUCCAGGAACGCAACCUGGAUUACCCAUCUUUCUAUCAGAAACUCUACUCCUUGCUGGAUACCGACAUCCUCCAUUCCAAGUAUCGCUCACGCUUCUUCCGCCUCCUCGAUACGUUCCUGGGCUCGUCCCAUUUGCCCGCCGUCCUGGUGGCAAGCUUCAUCAAGCGUCUGGCCCGUCUCGCCCUCAACGCACCACCAAGCGCCAUUGUUGUCAUCGUUCCGUGGUUCUACAACCUGUUCAAAAAGCAUCCUCUCACCACAUUCAUGAUGCAUCGUGUACCGCGGACCAAGGAGGAGAAGGAGCUGAUCGAGAAGGAGGGGGUCCUUGACCCUUUCCUUCCUGACGAAGAGGACCCUAUGGAGACCCACGCCAUUGACAGUUCUCUGUGGGAGAUUGUGCAGUUACAGUCUCAUUACCACCCCAACGUUGCGACCAUCGCCAAGAUCAUCUCUGAGCAGUUUACAAAACAGGCUUACAACCUGGAGGACUUUCUGGACCACUCCUAUGGCAGUCUUAUCGACGCAGAGAUGUCCAAGGAAGUGAAGAAGGCUCCGGUCAUCGAGUUCAUGAUCCCGAAACACAUUUUUACCAAGGCCGAUCCUGGCACAGAGCAGACUGAUAGCCCGCUGGUCAGUCUAUGGGAUUUUGGUUCAUCGUAAACCAUCUUUCAAAUGCCGUACUCAUAGUGUACGACUCCCAUACCCAGUCGCAGCCCAGACCGUCCGCUCGGUUGAGCAUUCCACAUGUUUAGCGACAACCUCUACCUCCCACCGUCAUGCUCAACACGUGGUAGACACAUUGUUUCGGAAGCUAGUGGCCCUCUGCCAGGACGCGAACAAGGUUCAAUUGUUCUCAUCCGAGACAUGCCAGGGUCUGCCCCAGACCCCUUGACCAGAGCCACGAGACCGCGAUCGAGCUAGUUACGGAGAAAAGAGGGCCGAAUGGAAAAAAUAACAAGUCGCCGUGAUGGUCGAGAAAUGCUUGUUGGUUACGUUGAUUGCCUUCUAUCCAUAACCGUGAACCCCGGGGACUUUCUCUCCUCCAGCCCCCAAACCGCACUUUCAACCAUCCAAAUUCUUCUCUCUCUCCACCUUCCUUCCCCCUUUCGUGGUACCGGCGGCCGGUUGCUCGGCGGGAACUCUCUGCUCUGUGGUGUUUCUGUGGGACGUCAUACAUGGUCACCGUCAUACUCGAUCACAACACCAGGCCAGGCAGGGCGCAGAUGAGGACAGAACAGUAGAGGGCAGCAUGGUCUGUCUCAGUUGUGUGCUCACGGGGGUGAAUCACCCCAUAUUUUCCAAAAUAGGGAGGGGGUCAGGGGCUGCUGACUAGUUUACUUUGUUAUUGUUGGGCGGGCAGCAACCUUCGGGGGAUCCCUCUCCAGCUUCGGGUCGUGCUUAUACCCAUAUCGGAUAGUAGUUUUGGAUCACAAGGGACUAGUAGAGGUUAGAUUUUAGAAUCAGAUGAAAUGAAGAAGUAGUACCCUC